AAUAUAACACAACAUGGACAGUUCAGAAAUCGAAGACUUGGGCGGAGCGGGCGAAUUGAAUGAAAGUCGUGCUAAUGAGGAGAAUGUACAAGAACUGCAGGAAGAGAUCGCCUUGCAUGCAGGUGAUGAGGAGCAGCGAGAAAAGUUAUUGCGACUACCUUUAGGAAGGAUAAAGACAAUCAUCAAAAUGGAUCCGGAGGUUACUUUGGUCAAUCAAGAGGCUGUCUUUCUGACAGCGAAAUCAGUGGAACUUUUUAUCGACUCGCUUGCGAAGGAAGCUUAUAAAUAUACUGCACAAGCAAAGAAAAGGACUGUUCAGAAACGCGAUGUGGAAAGUGCGAUUGAUAACGUCGAUGCACUUGUAUUUCUAGAAGGUAUGCUCGACUAAAGUGAACUCGACUAAGUAUAACUUUAUAAUAUAAUUAUUACCUAUUGCUAUAAAGUUGGAUAAAUUGUAUUAUAAAAAUAUAUUUUUUACUUUAUUAAUAAAAUCACAGAUAAGCACUAAGGUUUUCAUAUUUAUAAGCAUUAAAUUUUAUCAACUUUUAAUAAAAAAAAAAAAAAUUGAUACCAUAUACAUAUUGUCAUUAAAAUAAUAUUUAAAUUAAAUGAUAAACUUAUAUGUCAAGAUUUAGCAUAUUUUAUUCAUGCAAUAAGAAAAAUGUUUUUUUAGUAUGUUUCUUUUUUAUAAUAAAUCAAGUUUCCAUUUUAUAAAUGGAACAAAUAGAAUUUCUUAUAAGAAUUAAAU